UGGCGCUAGAGUAACAACCGGAUGUUUUCAUUUUAUUCCCUGUUGAUGUUUCAAGUCGUGUUGUGUACAGUACUUUUAAAAGUACUAACCAUAAGCAUUGACAGCUAAUAUAGGCAACAUAUAAACGAACCAUUAGCGACGAAGAAUCAAGUUUCAAAUCAGACAUUGAAAUAUUUUCUAACUGUACAAGACUUCAAACUAGUCAUGCUAGUAGUAGUAAAAGGCCGAAAUUGACAGAGCGAAAAUUGAACGAUGUUGGAGUUUUCUUCUCUGAGAAACCUAUAUCUAUGGAUAAUUUGAUUAAAAAUCUUAAAAGUUUACAGAAGGGAUCUAAAGGUACUGGAAACUUUCCCACCACUAUUGAUUCACUCAAAAUUUUCACAGGGGACCUUCUUAGUUUUUCAUUACCUUGUGUCAAUUGGAGUAAGAAAUUAACCCUACCAUUAGCAUUAAUGUUACAAGAAGAGGAAGUAGAACAAGAAUCGUUAAAGAUUAUCUGUGCAAUUAAUAAAACAUUAUCUGUCAUCUAUGAAAAAACGAGGUGCAGAGAGAAUGACAAUCAUCCGACUUUAAUAUUAACUGACAGAUUAAGUAAUAGACUGUUUGAACAUUGGUAUCACAGAAUAUUUUUGUUUGUUUCUGGUAUGAAAGAAAUCCUUGAAAAGUUGAUAAAUCCUUUUCCAGUUCCACCUGGAAAAUAUUCUGAUCAAGAAAUAUUACAAGAAAGUGUGUUCACUCAAAUAUUCCUCAAGUUUGCACAGAUAUGUUUUCUCAAUCCAGAAGUUGGGGAAGCUAGCAAAAAAUAUUUAAAAAUAAGAAAUAAAACUGUUGGUUAUGUGUCUGAUGUAAGAUUUUAUCAACAUGAAACUAAAGCUGGAUCACCUCAUUUAUUAAUGUUGUUGGUAGAGGUUAAAAACAAUGGUUUAAGUCAGACAGAUGGUGACAAGGAUUCAGCUACUCCUUGGAUAGAUGGAUAUUUGGACAAAUGUAUACUAGAACAGAUAGGGGUCCAGCUCAUGUCUGACAUUUGGAACUCAACAUUUGCUCCAAGUACUCUUGCAGUUGUUUGUUUGAGGACUGAGGUAAUUUUUAUGUUACUUGAGGCAGAUUUGGAACACUAUGAAGCUUGGCUAUUGAAUAAAAACACUGACAACUUUAAAUCAUUUAUACAGUACACGAGAUCAUAUAAUAUUAUGGUAGCAGAUGAUAGGAGACAGUUAUUAGACUUACUAUUUGGGUUGGGAUGUAGUCAGAAGGGAGACUUUGAACGUUACUUUUUCUUUUGAUAUUAAAAAUAAACCAUAGAUAUAUUAUGUUUGGAUAAUGUAAAUUGCAAAGAAAUUUGUAUAUGUACAUAUAAGAAUCUUUGUAUGUUACGUUUAUAAAGUAGUUUGUACAUUUGAAAUUAUAUUAUAAUUAAAAUGUGAUACAUAAUUCAGUAUACAUGUAAUAACAUUCGUCAGCUUGGGA